AUGUUUCCUUUGGUAGGUGAGAAGAAGCUGGGUACGGUGAUCACUCCCGAUACGUGGAAAGAUGGUGCUAGAAAUACUACAGAAAGUGGUGGCCGCAAGCUAAACGAAAACAAGGCAUUGACCUCGAAGAAGGCAAGGUUUGAUCCUUACGGAAAGAACAAAUUUGCAAUAUGUCGGAUUUGUAAGAGUUCUGUCCAUCAGCCAGGGUCUCACUAUUGUCAGGGAUGUGCCUAUAAAAAAGGCAUCUGCUCAAUGUGUGGCAAGAAGGUCUUGGAUACGAAGAACUACAAGCAAACUUCUGUCUAAUUGUAUUGAUCAGUCUUUUUAUGAACUUUAACUUUUGUGUCUUUGUACAAUUACUUUUCUCUAAAAUAAUUUGUGAUUAUUACUUUCUGGAAGAUAAUACAUUUACUUGGAAUGAGAUGAGAGGUAAAGACAGUCUGUUGGCCUAGAAAUGUACAUAAUAUUUGAUUUUUGUUGUUUUAGCACUAAUGUUAACUGAUAUUUAAAGGUAAUGGUUUGCAGCAACUGAUACAGUUCAAAGUGAAUGAGAAGAUCCUAGUGGAUAGGUUGAAACUAUGUUACCAUAUAACUCAGGUCUCUGAGGUUCACACUUUUAUUGUUCUUUUGCUGUAUCUUGAGUUUUCUCCUUGUCCGAUAGUAAUAUUUUAUUGACGUAUAAAAUAUGACCUUGUAUGACCUCAUUAAAGAAGUAUCUUCAUUUAGUUUUA